UAAAAACCGCUACACCCGGAAGUGUCUUAGGCGUGCGGGAGCCGCGCCGCCGGAGGCCGCGCCGCUAUGGGCCGCAACAAGAAAAAGAAGCGAGAUGGCGACGACCGGCGGCCGCGGCUCGUCCUCAGCUUCGACGAAGAGAAGCGGCGGGAGUACCUGACUGGCUUCCAUAAGCGCAAGGUGGAACGGAAGAAGGCAGCCAUUGAGGAGAUCAAGCAUCGGCUCAAGUUGGAGCAGAAGAAGCUCCGGGAGGAACGCCAUCAGGAAUACUUAAAGAUGCUGGCAGAGAGAGAGGAGGCUCUGGAGGAGGCAGAUGAACUGGAGAGGCUGGUGACAGCAAAGACAGAGUCAGUGCAGUAUGACCACCCCAAUCACACAGUCACCGUGACCACCAUCAGCGACCUGGACCUCUCAGGGGCCCGGCUGCUUGGACUGCCUCCACCUGAGCAAGGGGCUGGACACAGGUCCGAGGAAGAGGCGUCCUCCAUGGAGAAGCUGACCAGAGCCUUACCCAGGAAGUCCAGAGAUCCCCUCCUGUCCCAGCGGAUCUCUGCUCUCACAGCAUCACUGCACGCACAUAGUCGCAAGAAGACCAAGAGGAAACAUCCCCGACGGGCCCAAGACUCCACCAAGAAGCCCCCGAGUGCCACUCGUACGAGCAAGACCCAGCGCCGCCGGCUGACAGGCAAAGCCCGGCACAGUGGAGAGUGAGCCCUGAGAA